UUAAGCCGAGUCCGCUACCGAAAUGGAAGACAUUUUAACUCGACGUGCCGCUCUUUCCCUAAACUCUGUCGCCCUUGUUGCAAGGAGCCCAGGAGGUGGGCGGGGCUCUUCUGGCGCAGGCGCACAAGGCUUUCCUCCUGUCCUCCUCGCGUGGCCUCCUCGAAGAUGGCGUCCUUCUGCGAGGAGUUCUCCCUGUGUUCCUUGGCGGCGGCGGCGGCCCUUCCGCAGGCGCCCUUGGGCCUGGAGCCCGACGCCGACCGGGUGCUGCUCACGGAGAGGGGCCGCACGGUGACGCUUUACCAGGUUUCCGACCAAAAACCUUUGGGUUGCUGGUCAGUCAAACAAGGCCAAACAAUUACAUGCCCAGCCGUGUGCAAUUCUGAAACAGGAGAGUUUGUUAUUGUUCAUGAUGACAAGGUUUUACAGAUAUGGAAGGAGGAUGACACUAACUUGGACAAAGUUUUUAAAGCCACAUUGUCCGCAGAUGUAUAUCGGAUACAUUCUCUGCCUCAUACUGAACCCCUGGUCCUGUUCAAGUGUGGUGCUGUGAAGAGUUUGGAUGCUUUGCUAGCUGCACCUCAGCAAGAAAUUGAAAAUAUUGUUUCAGAUGAGGUUAUUAGAUGGAGUAAUGCAUUCAUGGGAGUUGAACAGCCUAUUCUUACAUUUAUUACUGAGCAGAAUGGAAAUUACUUCGUAUACAUUCAUCAGUGUAAUAAAUGUGUCCUUCAGAAGUUUAAACUUGAACCAGGGAGUGAGUCAUCUACACCACUGAGCUUUGCAGGAUAUUUGAACAACAAAAUUGUUACACUCUUUUGUUUGUAUUCAAAUGGCUGUGUGUUUAAAGUUCUUGUGCCACUAUCACAAAGUGAUUCUGAGGAAGAGCAAGUUCUGUCAAAGUCACUCCUGGUCAGGCUUGUAAUAUCUGGCAGCAUUUUAAAAGGAACUUCAAUUGUCAUUCUUGAUAAAGAUCAUAUUGCUGUAGCAGGAUACCUGGAUGUCCCUGAUAGUAAUGUUAAAGAUUAUUUUUCCAUAUGGAAUAUAACAUUCCAAACAUUGCAGGCUUCAAAAGAAUUGCCACAGGGAACCACUGGACAAUGCUGGUGUUAUGGAGACAAACUCUUUGUAACACAUGGUAAGGAGAUAAGAGUGAUUCUGUAUAAGUGUGAAACCUCCUCCUUAGCUGCUGCUGUCGGGAAAAUCAAAGAUAUGCAAACCUCAGGAAUGAAGCCUAUCUCUGUGAAUUGGAAUGCACUUCAGGAAGAUGAUGUGAUAGGUGUACAGCCAGAGCAGCCUCCACCUGCUAAGAGACAGUUGAGGUCUAGAAAGAGCACUCAGCUGGAGACCCUCACAGCUGAACAACUUCUUUUAAUUAUCAAGGAUUCCUCUGAGAAUAUAGUAGAAGAUAAGGUGAUGGCAUUUUUAUCCAGUACUCAGACACCCGAAUUUCAAGCAUCAGUUGGAUACAUAGUAUCUGCUCUUGUAAACAGGUGUAAAGCAGACUCAUCAUUUUUUCCUCAUGAGUGCCUGGUGCAACUGGUCCAAACACAAGGCCUUUCCUACAGUUUGUGCCCUGACUUAAUGGCAGUUGCCUUGGAGAAAACAGAUGUACACUUGUUACAGCUGUGCCUGCAGCAGUUUCCUGACAUCCCUGAAGCAGUUAUUUGUGCUUGUCUGAGGACUUUCCUGAGCAUUGGUGAUGACCGCCUUGAAGCAACAAAUGUCAACCUAGAUUCUUUAGCAUGUUGUGUUCGUAAUGUACACAACAAUAAACUGGAAAAACAAUCUAAAGUUAUGCAGAAUGGCUUCAGUUCUGAGCCCCUGGAAGAAGACGGCUGUGAGGCACAGUUAACAGAGAAAUCCUGUGAAACAGAAAAAAAGGAAAUGUGUCCUGUGGGACCGAGAAAAGCAGCUUUACUAAAUACUAUUCUUUGUUCAGCAUAUAGUGAAACAUUUCUUUUGCCUCAUUUGAAAGAUCUCUCUGCCGAACAAGUCAUUUUGUUUCUCCAAUAUUUGCAGUACCUGUAUAUGAAAUGCAGUGUAGAGGCUACUACAGACUUUUCUGGCAUAUUUUCUGUGACCAUAAACCAGAUCAUGGACUGGAUAUACCUUCUUCUGGACGCUCACUUUACAGUUGUUGUAAUGUUGCCAGAAACAAGAAGACUGCUUUCUACAUUACAUACAUUUGUAAGAGCCCAAGCACGUUUUUACUCUGAUCUGAACAAGAUUGAAGGAAGCCUGAAAGAGUUACAGAGGAUACAUCGACCGAAAGAUGUUGGCUUAUAUUCUAUUGAAGUUAUAAAACUUAUUUGAAAUUGAUACAUUUAUCAUAAAAUUGUUGUAAAUCCA